UCUGGAUCCAUCGACAGCUAUCGUCCCCAAACUGUCGAAGGCUCCGCUAAGUCGCCGGCUCCCUUCCCGGCUUUACCCUCCGUCAGGCGCCACAACUCCGCCAUCACUCACAUCACGCCCGUCUCCCGCUCUCCGCCACUCACCCUUCGGCGGUUCGGCCAAUCGACACUUCUCGAUUUUCACUUCCAACCAUCCGGUGGUUCCGUUCAAUUCGUAAAGAAGAAUUGAUUUAAUCAAUAAUCCCUACUGGUUUUCCAUCUGCAUAGAUCUGGCAGAGCACAAGAACUCGAAUCAAGGAGAUUUGACAAUUUAUACACCCGAAUCUUCUCACCAAAAUAUUGGAAUCCACUUUUUCUUCAAAUCAGGGGUCAACAAAAAAUCAUCUCUACUCACGUGGCACCCAAUCGUCUGAUUGGUUAGAUUACCCCAUUGUAAAUUUGUAAUCAACGAUCAAGAUGAGCUAUCAUGCACGGCGAACCCUUCCACCCGGAGCGUUACGUAAUCGGAAAGAGAGGGAAACUGCGUCGUACUCCAUGUGGCCCAGUAGUCCAGUGAUGGCUGUUAACAAAGCUACGGUGUCAUCAAAACAAGCUGAACCAUUCUCCUCGAACCGGCUCUUAGCUGGGUACAUGGCCUACGAGUUCUUAACUAAAGGGACUGUGUUUGGUCAGAUCUUCGACCAGGCUCGAGCAGAGGCUGUAUCUGCGAGUAGUACAGAUGAGGUGGGAAGGGGGAAGUCUGGUACCGAACCUGAGCCGGAGCAGGGGAACCAGGCGUACAAUGAGGUGGCAAGCCUGCUGAAGAGUGACGGCGCCCACAUCCCUGGCAUAGUCAAUCCGACCCAGCUGGCUCAAUGGCUUCAAAUGUAACAUCAUGGUGAAGAAACUAGGUGCAACCGUGCAAGUGGGAGGUUCUCAUUGGCAGGUAGUUGCAGUUCAUUUUAAGAAACAUGGAACUCAGUAAAGAAAUCAGGUUUAGCUUGCAUAGUUUGUAUGACCAUGAAAUCCAGUAUUUUGUUCAUGUUACUUCUUCAUUACAUUGAUACUAGUAUAUAUUAUAUAUGUAAAUUCUGUCUGUAUUUUGUAAUUUGUGUUAGUUUUAAAUUUUGUUAUCACAACUUAAUUUAUAUUCUGCUCCAAAUUCAGAAUGUGUGUACCUUUUUAUAAAAUGUAUCAUCAAAUGAUCUAGGCAUCUUUUGAU